AUGUCUGUCUCCAUCGAGGUCACCGACGUUCCAACCGCCCCCAAGUCCAACAACCCCCUCUUAAUGGGCCAGAAGUCCCGAAUGCCCGAGUUCAGUCUCGCCGGAAAAGUCAUAAUCGUCUCCGGUGGUGCUCGUGGCCUAGGUCUAACCCAAGCAGAAGCCCUCUUGGAAGCCGGCGCGAAGGUCUACGCACUUGAUCGUUUGAGCGAACCAGCCCCCGAGUUUGAACAGAUUCAACAAAAGGCGAAAAAUCUCGGCACAGAACUGCACUACCGUAGUAUCGAUGUACGUGACACAGAGCUUCUCAACAGCGUGGUUGAAUCAAUUGCCAACGACGAGGGCCGCAUGGAUGGUCUUGUUGCAGCGGCAGGGAUCCAGCAAGAGACCUCUGCAUUGGAAUAUUCUGCAAAGGAUAGCAAUACCAUGUUCGAGGUCAAUGUCACGGGAGUCUUCAUGACUUCUCAGGCCGUGGCUAAACAGAUAAUUCGCUUUGGGAACGGGGGUAGUAUCGUCAUGAUCGCGUCUAUGAGCGGCACAGUUGUCAAUCGGGGUCUUAUUUGCCCCGCCUACAACGCCAGCAAAGCAGCCGUCCUCCAGCUAGCUCGCAAUCUCGCAGCUGAAUGGGGAGCCUACAAUAUUCGCGUCAACACCAUCUCCCCAGGCUAUAUUGUUACUUCGAUGGUCGAGAAGCUCUUUGUGGAAUUCCCCGAGCGGCGCGAACAAUGGCCCAAGGAAAAUAUGCUGGGUCGUCUUUCCCGCCCGGAGGAGUAUCGUGGCGCUGCGGUAUUCCUGCUUAGCGAUGCGAGCAGCUUCAUGACUGGUAGUGACCUCCGCAUGGACGGUGGCCACACUGCAUGGUAG